GCUUCCGGCCUUGCCAACAUGGCGGCGCCCAGGUGCCCCUGAGCGGCGGGGAGGUGACAGCCGCCCGGGGCCGUGGCGGGUCAUCGGCUCCCCAUGGCGCUGAGCGGCCGCAGCUGCCUGCUGCUGGCGGCCGGCAGGCUCCAGGCGUGUGGAGCGGGUCUUCGUUUUGCAUCAACUAAAGCCAGUCUCAAAACUGAGACUGAAGUGGACACAAAUGAAAAUGAGAUUGUUGCUCCAGACUUCACUAACAGGAAUCCUCGGAACCUGGAGCAGUUGGCUCUGGCUAGGAAGGAGCGUGGCUGGAAAACAACGUGGCCAAAGCGUGAAUUCUGGCAUAGAUUACGGCUUGAGCGGACACAGCAUUAUGUAGAAGCCUUCGUUGAGCGCUGUAAUGGGGAUGUUGUGGUAUCUGCCUCUACCCGAGAGUGGGCCAUAAAGAGGCACCUGUACAGUCCCAAGGGAGUCUCGGCUUGCAAAAACCUCGGCCGCGUAAUGGCACAGCGCUGUUUGGAAGCAGGAAUCAACUUUGUGAACUUUAAAGCUGUCAUACCCUGGGAAUAUCGUUGUGACUCGAUCCAGGAAUUUCAAAAAGCAAUGGAGGAGGGCGGUGUUGUUCUGCGUGAGCCACGAAGAAUCUAUCAGUGAAAUGGAGACCGUUGGGAAAACUUCCCAGGGAACAACGGUGGCUUCUUUAGGGGUGCAUACAGGCACAGUGAAGGUUGGAAAAAGUUGGAAUAUGGCAUCUUGUAAUAAAAUGUUUUUAAAUGCGUG